AUUUAACCUAUUCGAAAAUGUUUUCGUGAAUCUCAUUGGAUGUGCGAGCGAUACGUAAACUGAUUUUCUGCUUCUUUCGGCUGCAGUUACGGCCAUCUUGGUCCCCGGUUAGCUGGUGCGUUGAAGCAGGUCUUUGCUCAUACUUAAAGGGCUUCUUAGUAAUUUUGUAAAUUGGUUGAACGUUUGUGUUUAGAUAUUGGAUGUAACGUUACUUAACCGAGAGACGAGCGGAAAUCAAGUUUUAAUGGAAAAACAGUUGUAACUAGUGUCCCCAGAAUAAUAACCGUAAGCGCCAGAUACAUAGCUAGCUUUAGCUACGAGAUAUGGCAAAUAACACGGCGUUGGCGGGGAAUCAGCAGCAGCAACAGGCCGUGAAUAAACCCGCUGCAUCAGGAAAGCAUGGCAAUGUAUUACCUCUGUGGGGCAAUGAGAAGACCAUGAACCUGAACCCCAUGAUUUUGACGAACGUGCUGUCCUCGCCUUAUUUCAAGGUACAGCUAUAUGAACUGAAAACUUACCACGAAGUCGUGGACGAGAUCUACUUUAAGGUGACCCAUGUUGAGCCAUGGGAGAAAGGCAGCAGGAAGACUGCAGGCCAAACUGGCAUGUGCGGAGGGGUCCGUGGUGUUGGAACCGGAGGCAUCGUUUCUACAGCCUUCUGUUUGCUGUAUAAACUGUUCACCCUGAAGCUGACACGCAAGCAGGUGAUGGGUCUCAUCACACACACCGACUCCCCCUAUAUUAGAGCCCUCGGGUUCAUGUACAUAAGAUACACUCAACCCCCUCCAGACCUCCUGGACUGGUUUGAUGGGUUCCUUGAUGAUGAGGAGGAGCUGGACGUAAAAGCCGGCGGUGGAUGCGUCAUGACGGUAGGGGAAAUGCUGCGCUCUUUCCUGACCAAGCUGGAGUGGUUCUCCACGCUGUUCCCACGCAUCCCCGUGCCAGUGCAGAAGAUGAUAGACCAGCAGAUGAAGAGCAGGCCCAGGAAGAUCCCAAACAAGGAGGGCCAAGAGGAGGCGGAGGAGCCAGAGUGGCACGCUGAGCACAGGACUCCCAGAAGAACCCCGAGCCCCCGGAGGUCGCCCAAGAGGUCGAGGAGCAGGAGCCACCACCCGGACGGGCACGGCUCCGCCAGCUUCGACUGGGAGCUGGAGAGGGAGCGCGAGCGCCAGAGGAAGGAGAGGGACGGCAAAGACCGGGACAGGGAGCGGGGGGAGAGGGACCGGAGUGACAGGGACAGGGGGGACAAAGGGCGGCGGCGCUCGCGAAGCCUGGACCGCGCCACGGACCGACGGGGCAGCCGGAGCAAGGACCACCGCCGGAGUCGCUCUGCCAGCCGGGACUGGAAGAACAACCGCAAGGACCGCGAGAAGGAGAGGGAAAGCGACGGGGACCGGAGCAGGAGGAAGGACCGCGACCAUGACAGAGACAGGGCUAGCGACAAGGACAAGGACAGGGACAGGGCUAGCGACAAGGACAGGGACAGGGCUAGCGACAGGGGCAGGUUUAGAGAUGGCGGGGAGAGGACAAAAGACAAGCGGGGCAAAGGAGAGACGGAGGACAGGAGGCACAGGGAAGAGAGGGAGGAGAAGAGGCACAGGGAGGAGCACAAGGCGAAGAAGCACAGCCAGAGUAGGAGCGGCAGCAGGAGCAGGGAGCGGAGGCAGCGUAGUGGCAGCCGCAGCAGGACCCACGCCGGCAGGAGCAGCCGCAGCAGGAGCAGGCACAGGGCCGAGCGGCCUGCCAAGAGGCCCCAAAGCCACAGCAAGGAGAGGCCCCAAAGCCACAGCAAGGAGAGGCCCCACAGCCACAGCAAGGAGAGGCCCCAAAGCCACAGCAAGGAGAGGCCCCACAGCCACAGCAAGGAGAGGCCCCACAGCCACAGCAAGGAGAGGCCCCAAAGCCACAGCAAGGAGAGGCCCCAAAGCCACAGCAAGGAGAGGCCCCAAAGCCACAGCAAGGAGAGGCCCCACAGGCACCGCCGGGAGCACGGCGACUCCAAGGACCAGCGCAGAUGCCAAAGCACAGAGGGAGAGGAACAGGUGCAGGAGAGAAAGACAGGGUCCACAUAAUUUAAUCUUCAGUUUCGUUCUCUCACUAGUUUCUUUUGUAAUUUGCUUGUUUAGUACGGAAAUGCAUCUCUAGGUUUUCUUGGGCCGCUUGUUUAAGUUUCUCAUUGUAGGGAAGUGCCUUUGUGUCAUCUUCAACCGCCAUUGUACCCCAAAACUUGAGUUGUGAUGCAAAGGUUUUAAUUUUUAUCAUUUGUUUUCAAAAUUGCUUUGUAAAUAAGUCUGAGAAUGUUUUAAGGCAAAUGGAGCACCAACUAUGGUAUAUUUGUAUUAGGGGUCAAGACUGCCUGAAAUUGUGCUGUAUUUGGUUAAUUGCCUCGUUGCAAUUUUUUUCUAAUAAAAAACUUUUACGGAUGA